AUGAAGCAAGAAGAAAUUUUUGAGCAAGAAAGGGAAGAAGUUUGUUUCAGACAGACGACGAAGAAAGCCAAGCAGAGCUUUCAGGUGAUGAUAGCUCUGCAGGUUCGUCAUCAUCGUCUCCGUUAUCCCGAAGCAACUCAAAUGGCGAUCAGUGGCCACAAAGUUAUAGGAAUCAACAUACUUUGCGGAGUAGCGAUACUUACGAUCCCUUACGCAGUAAAAGAAGGAGGAUGGCUCGGGCUUUUCCUUCUCUUCUGCUUUGGCAUCAUCACUUGCUACACAGGUAUUCUCCUGCAGAGAUGUCUCGAGACCUCUCAUGGACUCCACACCUACUUAGACAUUGGUCAAGCUGCAUUCGGAACCACUGGACGCAUCUUAAUCUCCAUGUUUGCCAUCGUGACGACUUUUAUUGUCCUUCCUACAGUCUGGCUCAAAGACCUUAGCUUAUUGUCCUACCUCUCAGGAUCGGUUGAUGAAGUUGGGUUUCGCCAUAGCGGACAAAUUCUUGAUUUAUCGAGCUUACCUGUCGCGGUGGGGAUCUUUGGGUUUGGGUUUACUGGUCAUUCUGUGUUUCCAAACAUUUACUCAUCCAUGAAAGAGCCAUCUAAGUUUCCUAUGGUGCUUCUCACCAGUUUCGGCUUCUCCACACUGUUUUACAUCGGUAUAGCGGUUUGUGGAUACACCAUGUUUGGUGACGAUAUUCAAUCUCAGUUUACACUGAACUUGCCUCAACAAUUUACAUCAUCUAAAAUCGCAAUAUGGACAGCUGCUGUUACACCAAUGAUGAAAUACGCAUUAACAAUUACCCCAGUCGUGCUAAGCUUGGAAGAAAUCUUGCCUUGUUCGAAUUCGGAAAAGAAGAGAUCCAAAGGGGUCUCUUUGAUUUUCAGAACCAUUUUAGUUCUCUCUACUUUGGUGGUUGCACUCGUAUUUCCAUUCUUCGCGACUGUUGCGGCUCUGAUCGGAUCUUUUAUUGCAAUGCUUAUCGCUUUUAUAUUCCCGUGCCUCUGUUAUCUCAGAUUGUCCAAGGAUCGAUUAACGAACACUGACAUCGGAGUUUGCAUUUUCAUCAUAAUCAUCGGCAUUGUUAGUGGUUGCUGCGGGACUUACUCUGCUAUCGCCAAACUAAUCGGCGAAACGACAAACUGUCAUUGA